CGCGUAUGAAGAACUCGUUUGUGUAUUAUUUUACCGUCCGGCGUAUUCAAGGAAAACGAGUAGAAUUUGGUUUGUUGUGUUCCUGGGUAUCUGUUUCAUAUUUACGUUAGAUCUAUAAACAUUUACUGCAGUCAGCUCGUAUGUAGUAUCGGGAGACAAUUUUCAUCUGUCUGAAAAAUCACCGUGCUUCAAAAUUAUUUAGCUUAUUUAUUGAAAAAGUUUUCAUUAUUCAGUGGUAAAUACGUUGAAUAACAAUGCCGGAAUACUAUGUAAUACCUAAUGAAGAUGGAGUGAAGAAAAUAAUGAAAGAAUAUGGUUUGUCAAAAGACCAAAUUGAUAAAGAUGUAGCCACUGUCAGGGAUUGGAUGCUAACACAACCACAUUUACCCAAAUUUCCAGAAUCUAAAAAUGAUGAAUUGAGUUUUUGGAUUGAAGGGUUUCUACGACUGACCAAAAACAAUUUGGAAAAAACAAAACUAGCGGUUGAAAGUCAUUUUCGCUUGAAAACAUUGUUUCCACAGGUUUAUGAUGUGAAUGAUUUACCAAAUUACGUGGAAAGUGAAUUGUAUGAAUACUUAACCAUGGUUAUGUUACCUAAAUACACGCCUGAUGGUCUCAAAAUAAUGUAUUAUAACUUCAAAGAUAGCAGUUCACAUUUGUUUCGGCCAAUCGAGAUAUACAAGAGAAUGCGUUUGAUGUUGGAUAUUUAUCAGAGAAAAGGCAUUGAUUUUACCGGUAUUCACGUUGUGAUUGACACGAGGAAUAUUACGUUGUCGCACAUAAGUCAAUUCGACUUGUUUCAACUCAAGAACCUCAUUAAACUAGCACAGAAAGCAUAUCCAUUACGUUUGAAACACACACAUAUUUUGUUCCCGCCAAGUUUUAUUGACGUGGCUAAAAAUAUCUUGAAACCAUUUGUGUCGAAAAAAAUGUUUGCCAGAUUAUCUUUCCAUAAGAACCUUGAAACACUCUGGGAACACAUACCAAGAGAUAUACUUCCAAUCGAAUAUGGAGGAUAUAAUGGCAAUUUGGACGUAAUAAGAGAGGAAUGGAAAACAUUGAUAUUGAAGAACAACGAUUGGUUUUUGUCCAACGUAAAUUAUAAAUCAGACGAGUCUAAAAGACCGAAAAAGAAAAAAUCAUUUUCCUGCGAGAAACUCUCGUUUAAGACUUUGAUUUUGGACUAAAAAUUUGUGUGGGUAAAUUAUAUAAAAUUAUUAUUAGACAUUUUUUUUUUUAAAUUAUAUUAAUUAUAUCUGAAUUUUGUAUGCAUAAUAUAUGUAUUUAUUUAUAAGUUUAUACUUAAAUUAUUCUUAGUAUUAAGUAUAGUAAUAGUAUUAUUGUUAAUAUUAUUAAUUAUUAUGUAUUUAAAAAAAUAAAAACAAAAAAAAAAAAAAAUGAUUUAUUACAUCAUUCGUAUAUUUUUAAUAAACCAAAUGACAUGAUUUGCAAUGACAAAGCAUUUAUCUGAAUAAUUUAGUAAAAUUCAACUGGGUCGUUGAAUAUUUAAACAAAUGCGGGUCAUAUUCUUAGUCUCGGUAUUAAACGAAAUAUAAAAUAAUAACAUUAAGUUGUACAAUAUUAUUAUAAUAACUGAUGGCACCAUGGUCAAUGGCGAUAUUGAAUAAUAUAUCUAAUGAUAAUAAAUAA